AGAAUUCACACAGCCCUCCAUCACACUCAAGAACUGAGACCAGUCUCCAACCACAUCCACAAGUCCAGUUUGUGAGAGCUCCAGCAGACCCAACAUGAAGACUGUGAGAGUGGCUGUUGCUGUGGCUCUGCUGUUUGCAUUUGUCUGGAUCCAGGAGAGUUCUGCACAACCGCACUCUCAGAUGGCAGAGAUGGAGCAGCCUGAGGACGUGGACAUUCCAGUUGAGCUGAAAGCAGAAGAAGUGUCAGUGGACGCCAUGACGAGUCCGUACUUCAGGAGUAGACAGAAGAGAGGCUUUAAGUGUAAAUUCUGCUGUGGCUGCUGCACUCCUGGAGUCUGUGGAGUCUGCUGCAGAUUCUGAGCACAUGUCCAUCAACAAACAACUGAGACCUUUCUGUAAUGAUUUAGAUUUUUUAAAUAAACAUUUUCUCAAUUCCAAAAACAUGC